ACACGUCGAUGGCGAGCGACGCUGGUUUCCCAAUAUUCUUUGCGCACGCAGUCACAAAAUGGCUGCAGAGAAAGAUAGUAAAGCGGCAAGUGGCAUGGAGGAGAAUAAGGAAAACAAGAAACCCGAUGAAGGUCUGAGUUUAGAGAUUUUGCAGAUCAUCAAGGAGUCCCAGCAGCAACAUGGUCUUCGCCAUGGAGAUUAUCAGAGAUAUAGGGGCUAUUGUUCCAGACGUCUCCGGCGACUUCGCAAGACCUUGGGUUUCAAGAUGGGAAACCGUUACAAAUUCACUGGCAAGAAAAUAACUGUUGACAUGCUGACUGAUAACAGGUAUCUGCUGUUGGUGCUGAUGGAUGCGGAGCGUGCUUGGAGUUAUGCUAUGCAGCUGAAGCAAGAGGCCAACACUGAGCCCCGAAAACGCUUCCACCUGCUGUCACGCUUGAGAAAAGCUGUUAAGCAUGGUGAGGAACUGGAGCGCUUGUGUGAGAGUCAGCGUGUGGAUGCCAAAACUAAGCUGGAGGCUCAGGCAUACACAUCUUACCUAACUGGGAUGCUACAAUUUGAGAUGCAAGAAUGGAAAUCUGCCAUGGAGGCCUUCAAUAAGUGCAAGACAAUCUAUGAGAAGCUGGCAAGUGCCUUUACAGAGGAGCAGGCUUCCUUGUAUAGGCAACGUGUAGAAGAGAUCUCUCCAAACAUUCGCUACUGUGCCUAUAACAUUGGUGAUCAGAAUGCUAUCAAUGAUUUGAAGCAGAUGAGGCUGAGUGCUGUAGGAAGUGUGGGCAUUGCAGAAAAACUUGAGAUGCUGAUUGCGCAGACUCGUGCAAAGCAGGCUGCCACUAUGAGUGAGGUGGAGUGGAGAGGCCGCACCAUUCCAGUCAAGAUUGAUAAAGUGAGGAUCUUCCUUUUGGGUCUCAAUGACAAUGAAGCUGCCAUUGCUGAGGCUGCCAACGAGGAGACCAAGGAGCGCCUGUAUGAGUCUCUGCUUAGCGAAUGCAGAGACACCAUCCAGACUGUACGCGAAGAGCUGAAGGCAGAAUCGAAACUGCGAGAGAGGGCAUCUGACAGUGACACAGGGAAGGUGUCUAACUUGCAGUACCUGCAUAGCUAUCUGACCUACAUCAAGCUGGGGACUGUUGUUAAACGCUACGAGAGCAUGGCAAGGGUGCUGCAACCCAAACUGCAGGAGCCACAGCAGGAUGAAAAUAAACGAGGCCCUCGGCCCCAGGACUUAAUCCGCCUCUAUGACAUCAUACUGCAGAGCCUUGCUGAGUUGCCGCAGCUCUUGGGAGUGGAGGAUGAUCAAAAUUUUCAGAAAGAAGUAUCACUCAAAAUUCUGGUGUACAAGGCUUGUCGGUGCUUUUUCAUUGCUCAGUCCUAUGUAAUGGUGAAAAAGUGGAGUGAAGCACUGGUUUUGUAUGAGCGAGUUCUAAAGUAUGCCCAGGAAGUUCAGGCCUCCGCUUCAGGCAACACUCUCAAGGACCUUCCAGAUGUACAGGAGCUCAUAUCUAAAGUGAAUGCCGAGAAAUACUCUUUACAAGCUGCUGCCAUUCUGGACACUGAUGAUGCUGCUGAGGUGCCGUUGCUGACACAGGUUAAAGACACAAAGCCCCUGUGUGACCGUCUGGAUGUGUUCCGCCUGGACCCCACCCUCCUCGGGAAACAACCUAAUCUUGUGCCAUUUCCACCAGACUUUCAGCCUGUUCCCUGUAAGCCGCUCUUUUUUGAUCUGGCCUUGAAUCAUGUCACCUUUCCACCACUUGAUGACAAGGUGGAACAAAAAGGAAAGGGUGGAGUAACUGGCUUCAUCAAGGGCUUCUUUGGCUUUGGAAGCUAAAAUCCCAGUGGCCUUUGACCUCCAAGGAUGAUAGAGCAGCUCUUGUGCACUGGAACACUUAUUUCUUUGGACUGAGUGCAGUGCUGAUUCUUUUCCUUUCCCGUUUUUGCCAUCAUGAAUUACCAGACAUGGAAAAUUAAACCACAUUUAACCUUUAUAGUAGUUUGGACCAGAAGCUUACAUUUGUGUACAUAUCCUGCCCUUGGAGCUGCUGUGUGUUUGAUUGAAAUUCACUGUCCAGUUAACCUCAAAACGGUUCACUUAACCAUUUCUAAUGAUGAAGAGAGUGAGAAACAAAUGGCUCUGUGAGAUGUUUCCAAUGCAUUCCUUUGUAAGGACCUCUCAGAAUGGUGGCCAGAAAGUUUUGUCUCCAUAUCCAGAUCGCUGUAUUUGCCCUGAUCUUUAUCCAGUUUCCCGCCCUCUGUUGUAAUCACAAUGCAAUAAGUUGUCACUUUUUAAAAAGGGGAGUGAAAGUAUGAUGGGUAUGGGUUUAAAGUUCAGGACAUUUGAUCUCUGGGUGGGUCGAGGAAAACUCUCUUUUGACGCUAAAUAAAUUAAUUUAACUGUACUGUAAUGCUUAUUUCUGUAAUAACUUCAGAGAUGUGUGUGUGGUAUUUGGUGAUAUAAAACUAACUUUGUGAGUGUG